CACCGAUUCCAGGAGGGGCAGAUGGAGACCGAAAAGCCAGAAGAUGAACUUCGUCGUCGACGAGAAAGGGGUCGCCAGUCCCAAGCCAGCUUCCGCAAGCGUCAAGCUGAAGCAACUCGUCGGCUCAAAGAUGAGAAUCGUCGACUUAAAGGUGCAAUUACGAAAAUUAUCAAUGCAACUCAUGUCGAUGAAUAUUCCGAUUUGCUCGAAAGUAUUUUUGAUGCAGUGGAAGGGGCCGGCAUUGAGGCCGACAGACCAGCGCGACGUGGCAUCACAAAAGAUCACGCGGGGCACUUGGUAAACAGUCAGAGACGGAGGCAUCAUAUUGAUAUCGAGGAGUAUGAUGCUGUUGAUGCAGUGGCCAAUGCUUUCGUUCAAAAUUCCAGCGGCGAGAAAAGGCCUGACUCGGGACUUUCAAGUCUACCCUCGAUUAAUCCGCCCCGUCUCACCAGCGGUGCAUGGCUAGAUCCCCUGCAUUACACGCGGUCAUCUCUACCUCCCGAAGACAUCAUACCGUAUUUAGGGAAAGGCUCAAAAACCUUCGCAGGGCGACUUUUCUGGUCUUUCAUGGAACACAAGCAAAUUGGGUGCAAUCAUUCGCAUCCCGAACUACCGGUUCUUAUGCGCGGCUGCUUAAGUCACUCAAAUAUUACGAAGGACGCAAAUUUCUCCUUUAUUCAAGCCACAAUGGAGGCGAGACGAGAGUUCGCGCGAACCGGGACAAUAAGCCUGGAGCACGCAGCGGCUGGAGAAGCAGAUUUGGGCGUGGUGUUACGAGAUCACAUCCUAAAAGAGUACCAUGCUGAAGGCAAAGACCCACGCUCAUGGCUAAGUUGUAUUGGGAUUGAAGAGCGUGUCAAGAGUAUGUUUGGUAAUGACAACUUCAGGCUCCUAGAGAAAGCGGCAAGAGGAGAGGGAGGGUCUGAUUUGCAAGAACCACUGAGCAACAUGAAUUGCAGACUUUACAACACUGCUAGUUGCUUCGGAGAUGGACCAAGGUGGAAUGUCAAUGUUGUUGAUAGCCUGUUUCUUGAGUUGGUAGGCAAGGUAAGUUCUUCCUGCGCUAAAUAGUCACUGCAGAGGGAUGUGUCGCGUAGACAAUUCAUUUAUUGAUAUACGCAAUUGCUUAAAUACUCGCUAUGGGCGCCUAUGGAAAUUGCAAGAAGUCGCAGAGUUUCUGAUCUUGUUCAGCCUCCAGACCCAGUCAACUGUAUCUCAUGCUUCACUUCUUCCAACUAGCGAGAAUUAGUCAGCACAUUUCUACC